AUGACCGCGAGGUUGCGAAAGUGGCUGUUGACCUCUCCACCUGCAGAAUGGGCGAUCAGUCAGCUUCGAGAGCUCUUGAUUGGGGCGUUGAGGCAAGGUCCAGUCCCGCGGCACAUUGCAUUCGUGAUGGAUGGGAACCGCCGAUUUGCGCGGGACCGCAGGAUAGAAAGUAUCGAAGGCCACCACCUUGGGUUUGAAGCCCUCGCCAAAAUCCUCGAAGUCUGCUACAAAGCUGGCGUAACCCAUGUCACGAUCUACGCAUUCAGUAUCGAGAACUUCAAACGCUCCAAGUACGAAGUUGAUGCCCUGAUGGAUAUGGCCAAGGUCAAGCUGAACCAAAUGUGUCAACAUGGAGAUCUGCUGGAUCGAUAUGGUGCAUGUAUAAGGGUGCUGGGACAGCGAGAGCUGAUCAAACCCGACGUCUUAAAAGCUGUGGACAAAGCGGUGGAGAUGACCAGUCGGAACGGCAACGCUGUAUUGAACAUCUGCUUUCCCUACACAAGUCGAGACGAGAUCACGACCGCAGUCCGGAGAACAGUGGAUGAGUGGAGCCAACCAUUACCGGAAAGGACAGGAGCAAGCCCUUUCAAGGAGGACAGGAUUACGCAAAACAUAAGAAAGCAGAACAAGGGUACCGGAAACGAGACGGAGGGAACCUACCUCAGUCCACCGAAAUCCAUGCUUUCACCCUCUUCAUCUACAACAUCUCUAUCCUCCAAUGGCGACUCUCUCCCCGACUCCCGCUCCUCCCUUUCCUCAUCCACGACCCUACACCAAUCAUCCUCACCACCCUUCUUCACCGCUGACCUGAAAGACCCGCUCUCAAUUCCAUCUCCCCCACCGACCACCCCCACUCUCCAGCAACAACCACAGCAGCAGCAGCAGCAACCCCCCCAACCAACCUACCACCCUUCCCCUGAAGCCAUAACGACCUCAACCCUAACUUCCCACAUGUUUACCGCCGACAAUCCUCCCCUCGACCUCCUCGUCCGCACUUCCAGCGUCCACCGGCUUAGUGACUUCAUGCUCUGGCAAUGUCACCAAAACACCGAGAUCGCAUUUCUCGACGUCCUGUGGCCGGAAUUCGAUCUCUGGACCUUUUUGCCGGUACUAUGGGAGUGGCAGUGGAGGCAGAAGAAGAUGCGAAGCGAAAAUGAGGAUGGGAAGGGGAGGGUGCAGGGCAGGGAGAGGAGUGAUAGCAGGAUCAGGGCUGAUCGGAAAAAGACAGUCAAAAGGCUGGUGGGCGAGGCUUUGGACUGA